CCAGCAGCGGUUGAGCCCCGGCUUUCCGCGAAGCCCGGGUGGCGCCGCCAGCCUUGUUGCCCGACGCUGUACGCGGUCUCCGGCCUGGCCCGACUUCUUCCUCGGCACCGGCCCGUGAGCGCCUCAAGAGAUGGCUGCCCAGUGUGUCACGAAGGUGGAGCUGAAUAUUUCCUGUGACAGCCUUCUGGACCGAGAUAUCACAUCAAAGUCUGACCCUUUGUGUGUGUUGUUUUUGAACACGAGUGGUCAACAGUGGUAUGAGGUUGAACGAACAGAACGAAUUAAGAAUUCCUUAAAUCCAAAAUUUUCUAAGACAUUUAUUAUUGAUUACUACUUUGAAGUGGUCCAGAAAUUGAAAUUUGGAAUUUAUGACAUUGACAACAAAACUAUUGAGCUGAGCGAUGAUGACUUCUUAGGAGAAUGUGAAUGCACCCUUGGACAAAUUGUUUCCAGUAAGAGGCUAACUAGACCACUGGUACUUAAAAAUGGAAGACCCGCUGGGAAAGGAAACAUUACGAUAUCAGCAGAAGAAAUAAAGGACAAUAGAGUGGUCUUGUUUGAAAUGGAAGCCAGAAAACUGGAUAAUAAGGAUUUGUUUGGAAAGUCAGACCCAUACCUGGAGUUUCAUAAGCAAACAUCAGAUGGAAACUGGCUAAUGGUUCAUCGGACAGAGGUUAUUAAAAAUAAUCUGAAUCCUGUUUGGAAGCCCUUUAAAAUCUCUCUUAAUUCUCUGUGCUAUGGAGAUAUGGACAAAACUAUUAAGGUGGAGUGCUAUGAUUAUGAUAAUGAUGGCUCACAUGAUCUCAUUGGAACAUUUCAAACCACCAUGACAAAACUGAAAGAAGCCUCCAGAAACUCACCUGCUGAAUAUGAAUGCAUAAAUGAAAAAAAGAGGCAAAAGAAAAAAAGCUAUAAGAAUUCAGGUGUCAUCAGUGUGAAACACUGUGAGAUUAUGGUCGAAUGCACAUUUCUCGAUUACAUAAUGGGAGGAUGUCAGCUGAAUUUUACUGUGGGUGUGGACUUUACUGGUUCCAAUGGUGAUCCAAGAUCUCCAGACUCCCUACAUUACAUCAGCCCCAAUGGUGUUAAUGAGUAUUUGACUGCUAUCUGGUCUGUGGGAUUGGUAAUACAAGAUUAUGAUGCGGAUAAGAUGUUUCCAGCUUUUGGUUUUGGAGCUCAGGUACCUCCUCAGUGGCAGGUGUCCCAUGAAUUUCCAAUGAACUUUAAUCCAUCCAACCCUUAUUGUAAUGGAAUCCAAGGCAUUGUAGAGGCAUAUCGAGCCUGUCUUCCUCAGAUAAAACUCUAUGGACCAACUAAUUUUUCUCCAAUUAUAAAUCAUGUGGCCAGAUUUGCAGCUGCAGCCACACAGCAGCAGACAGCUUCUCAAUAUUUUGUGCUUUUGAUCAUCACGGAUGGUGUGAUCACAGACCUUGAUGAAACCAGGCAGGCAAUUGUUAAUGCUGCCAAGCUGCCUAUGUCUAUCAUCAUUGUUGGAGUUGGAGGAGCUGACUUUAGUGCCAUGGAGUUUCUGGAUGGCGAUGGGGGAAGUCUCCGUUCUCCAUCAGGCGAGGUGGCCAUCAGAGAUAUUGUUCAAUUUGUGCCUUUCAGACAGUUCCAGAAUGCUCCGAAGGAAGCUCUUGCUCAGUGUGUCCUGGCAGAGAUUCCCCAGCAGGUGGUGGGUUACUUCAACACAUACAAGCUCCUUCCUCCCAAGAACCCAGCCACGAAGUAGGAGAGCUGUGACCACUCCAGAGAAUGCUUAAGCUGUACGAGCAGUGUCAUCUCUUAUGCAGUGAUAAAGCUCUCAUGUUAUGUGCUUUUCACCUAUAUUUUCUGUACAUAUUAUAUAUGUUUAAAUAUAUGUUUCAUUCUGUAAGGGAGGCAAUGCCAAGUCUGUUUCUGCCCAUUCCAAUUCAGUGAUUGCUAGUGAUUUAUGCAAAUUGCAGAGGGGCUAUUUGGAUAAAAUUUAGUGUAGGGGAAGCAGAUUUUAGUUGUGGUGUUUCUUUUCAUACAAUGAAAAAUUUAACAUGCCAUAUUAAAAUAUUUACCAGUAGAGGGAGUGAGGAAUUAUUAGGAUGAUAUGGUUUGCAGGUUGCUGUACUUUAUUUGCUAUACAUGUUUAAAGGCCAUGACCAUGCUCUUGAGAGAGAAAGCCUCUUGAAUUCGAUAAUGUUGCAUUGUUCCUAUGAAUCUACAUUCAUUCCCUUUCCAUGGGGUGAAAUCUGCUGAUACUUGGCACUUGACUUUUGCUGCAGUUUAGAGGCUUUACAGUGUACAGAGCAGUGUGCAUUCUCAUGAGACUUCAUGAGCAGGAAAGGUAAUACUCAUGCACAUUAAACAAGUUAAAAGACCUUCAUGUAGGUGAGCCAUUUCUAGAUUUUUUUGUCUUCAUUGUGAACUACUGCAUGGAUGUUUAGACUUGUCCCUUCUUUUCACCAGUUAACUAAAAUAUUCAGGGUUCUGUGGAAGCAUAGAUGAUGGAUCUUCCCAGAUUCUACAUUAUUAGAUUAAUUAAUCAGAGUUAAUGAAGUAGCUACGAUUGCUUUUCUUAGAAAACUAUGAGGACCAACAUAAACGAUGAAACUUAAGAAUUCCAGUAAAAAAAAAAAAGAAUUUCAGUCCAAGCAUGAUGACACAUGCCUAUAAUUCAAGCCACUCAUGAUACAGAAGAGGGUCACUGCUUUAAGUUUGAGGGCAGCCUGCUUUACAUAGUGAGUUCCAGACCUGCCAAAGCUGUACGGUAAAACCCCAUCUCAAAAAAAAAAAAAAAAAAAAACCUCAAAAAUUCCAUUUCCUUCUAAAUAGUGAUAUACUUAGGGGACAAAAAUGAUUUUUAUACUUUUCUUGCUAUAGUCCUAAGGAUUGAUUUGUAUAGGUUUGUUUAAGUAUUUUCUUCCUUUUAAAAAGAGUAUCUUUUAAAAUUCAUGAUAAUCGUAUCUCUUAAAGUUUUAUCUUACACCAACAUAAGUACCUAAGUUUGGAUUGCCCAGAGUCUUUGUAAGAACAGCGUGCUGUGUGGGCAUAUGUAACCCUAGCACACCUAGGGCAAGAAAGAGGUGGAGGCAGAUUCUCCUUGGAAGACCUCAGACCAGCUAGCAUGGACAACACUGGUGAAUGAGAGACCCUGCUUCAGAAAGGUGCAAGGCAAGGACUGAUACCCGGAGUUGUCCUCUGACUUCCACACACAUGCCCACACUCAUACAUGAACACAUAUAUCAUAUAUACCAGAAAAAUUUUAUAAAAGCCUUAUUUUAUUAUAUAGUGCUUCCUAAGUCUAGAAUGUCUUCUUUUUAGAAUAAAACCUGAUAUAAUUUAAAAAAAAUAAGAGAAAAACAAGCCAAAAAUCCUUUUGAAGUACUAUGUUAGGAUAGAGUAGUUAUAAUAUAGCGUUUGCUUUGAAAGAAUAGGAUUUAUUUUCUUUUAAAAUAUUCUCAAUGACUAUGAAUUAUCUUAUUACUAAAACAAUGAAACAUUAAAUGUCAUUUAGAAUAUAGCAUAUGCUGAUUUCUGAUAAACUAAGCUAAAAUGUGGUAAACUAAGUUAAAAUAAUAGUUUCUUCUUAACUUUCAUUAUCACUUAGUAUACAGCACAUUUUCAAAGCAGGUUCAGUAACAUUUACUUGAGGACAUGUGUGCCAGGUACUGUGCAUAUGCACACAGUAGCCAAUUGUACUUACCAAUUUGACAUUUAACUCAUGUGUUUAUCACAUAUCUUUAAGUGUAUGUCCACAGCACCAGCUGACAUGCCUGUCAGUGUUACUGAAGACCACACCACACAAGUGCCUCUUGUUCUCUAGUCUCUGAAGGACAUGAGCAGUCAAACACAAGCAGCUUCAGCUUCUCAGAAACAAUUUAUUACCAAGAUUUUGCACAGAGGGGACCUACUUGUCUUGACUACCUAGCCCAAGUGAGGGGCUCCCUCUCCCCCCCCCCCCCCCCGCCGGGUAGCUGGCUUCUGGAUUAGUGCUGUUAACCUGAAGGGACCUAUCCAAUAGUCACUUCAUCUAUAGCAGGGUUUCUUUUGUAUCAAAGUUUUAUGUAAUCUCAGUUGGAUGGACUUUAGGAUUCGUAUACAAAUCAAACAUUUACUGAUAAUAAAUCAUAAAAAAUUUACUAUAAGGCAAUUCUUAUAUAUAAUUUUGCCAUUCGAGGUGAAACCAUGUUUGUAUUCUAAGAGCUUGUUUAUUUUUAUAGAAAUAAUUAAACCUUGGCUGAAUAUUUGAUAAUGUAGGACAGAACAUCUUCAACAUAUCAUCAGUGUUGAGAACGUUUCUUCACAUAAGUGCAUAGUACAAAAUGUCACAAGUAUGUUUAAGGCCAUUUUUUCAGUCUGUAAUUAUUAUUUAUUACUAGCUUUGCUCCUUACACUGUAUUUGUUGAGUUUGACAGCUGUUAGUUACUAGGAGUAAAUUAUGUUUGUUUUUCUUGCCCCUCCCCCCAAGUUUAAGGCCAUUUUAAAAAUUAUUGGAAAUUCUUCUCUACUUCCCAGCCAAAAUUCAUUUAAUGAUUUUUUAAAAUGGAAGCCAAGUCAGCAACUCAGUAACUUUUAAAAUCAAGCAUUCUAACACAAUCCAAAAUGGUGGUAGGAAAAUAUUUCUGUAAACCCAUAUUUUACUAUAGGAGCAGAAAACUAUAUAGUGAGGAUACUGCAACUCAUAAUGUAUACUCUGAGCCCAGGUGUUUCAGGCCGCCUCUGUGUAACAUAGAUGGUGUAACAGCAAGUGUGCAAAGGGUAGAUGUUGUGUGUUCAGAAACAAGCCUGUAGUGAGGUUGUGUUAUGCAACAUGGCUGAACUCUGUCAGAAAUAAGUUGGAUUAAUUAUGCAUUUUAUUCUGAGUUAACUUUUUAUCAUUUCACAUUUAUUUAUCAUUGCCAAUUUUUGCAAUGCCCACAUUUAGUUAUAUGACUUCACAUGAGAUCAUGUCCUACUGUUUAAGAAUCUGGGCUGUAGGAGGGUGCAUUAGUUGACAAUCCUAUUAUUAACAGAGAAAGAGAAAAACUGAUCAUUUCUUCUGGUUUGGCAUACCUGUGCUUAGAAACUGCAAAA